AUGUCUUCCACCGGAACCAAGGUCACCAACGACCCUCAAGGUAUUAACAACCCCAAGGUCGAAAAGGCCGGCACCAUCACAUCAGACUCUCUUGCUGGGGAGUCGCUCAACCAGGGUGGUUCGUUCGGCGCUGGUAGCCACGCAGCUGCCUCGCAGCAACCCUCCAGCUCGACCACAACCAACAACACGGACAUCUCUGGCGCAACAACUCUUCAAGCCGCCUCCGAUGCCGAGGCCCGCCAGGCAUUGGAAGGUUGGAACGAGGAAGCCCAGCUGAACGCCGCGCGUGGAUUGAGCAGUGAUCAUGGCAGCAGAGCCGCACCACCGCCGACCUCUUCGUAUCUCGCCAGUGGACCCGCUAACACAUCGGGCACCGCAGGCCAAGCCCCUCACGGCAAGAACAUCUCCGAGGGUGGCUUCGACAGCAACGCUCCCAACGCCUCCUUCAACAACGACAUUGGCGGCAAGAACGACCCCGGCCGUGCCGCCCUGAACGACAUGCAGCGCAACGCCCAGCAGUCUGCUGGUGACGCCGGUAUCCCCAAGCAGGGCGGUGUCUCCAACGACGGCCAGUUCGACGCUCUCAAGGACACCUCUGCUUAA